AUGGCUGACUCUGAUGCUGGCACCCGUGAGCUGGACGUCAUCUCACCUGAGGACCUGAAGGUCACCAAACUGUACAAUCAUCCUCUGUACAACAUUGUCCAGCUGGGUGAUAAGCCUUUGAACCCAAGAUCCCCCACUGCAAUUUUCUUUGCUGUCAUGGGUCUCCUGGGCACUGUCACCUACCAGAUCUUACUCUGGUUCAACAUCCUGGCAAGCAAUGCUUCUGCGGAAGUGCUGUUCCCUGCAAAAUUGUUUGCAUUGGGUCAAUGUGUUGAGAACAUGGGAGGCAUUUGUGACUCUUUGUGGCGACUAUUGGUCAACUGCAUCCGCAGCGAGGUCCCCCGUCCCAGCCUCCGUCUCAUCGGUGACAAGGUCCCAACAGUUGAUGUAUUCAUUGUCUCUUGCGGCGAGCCUCGUGACAUUGUCCUCGACACUGUCAAGGCUGCUCUGCAGAUUGACUACCCCCGAGACAAGUUCCGCGUCAUCCUUUCCGAUGAUGGCAAGGAUGAAAGACUCCAGAGAGCAUGUGAGGGAAUCUCCAUCAAAUAUCCAAACCUCUUCUACUGGGCUCGCGUUAAGGCAGACAAGAACCAUGGAUACAAAGCUGGCAAUCUCAACACGGUCAUCAGAAGAUUUGACAAACCGGCUGAAUUCAAAGCUGUCUUCGACGCUGACAUGAUUCCGGAACCUGACUGCCUUCGUGUUCUUAUACCUCAUGCACUCAUCGACGAUGGUGUCGGCAUGGUCACUUGUGCUCAGCACCAUUACAACAUCCCCGACAAUGAUCCUCUGUAUCAGGCAAAUGUCACCGGUCCAGGCGCUGACGAUGGUAUCCGUGACAGUGUCAACGCUGCAUGGUGUCCUGGAAGCGGCUUCAUCAUUCGUCAUCUUACUUGGGUUGACAUCGGAGGCUUUCCAGAGUUUUCCAUCACCGAAGACCUGAUUACCAGUUGGAUGCUUCAUGGUAAAGGCUGGAAGAUUUCGCUUGUACAUGAGGUCAUGCAAUGGGGUAUUCAACCAGACGGUCUGAUUCCUCACUUGAAGCAACGUCGCCGCUGGUGGACUGGCCACAUUGUCGACUCCUUCAAGUUGAAGUUCGCCUUUGACCGCCGUCUGCAAGGUGCAACACGUGUUCAACGCAUUGCCAUGUUCCACCACUGUCUGCGUCCCCACUUCUACACCGUGUUCAAGAUGGUUGGUCUGGUCUGCGCCUUGCAAGCCAUGCGGUAUGGACAAGUUGUUGCAAUUCCAACUUUCAACGCCCUGAAGAUCAUCGUGACCCUUUACACUGUCCGAUUCAUGGUUGGCAAGUGGUCCGAUAUCAAGUCUAUUCGCAAUGGCGUCUUCUGGAAUUUGCGUCGUCGUCAGGCAACAAAUGCGUGGCUGGCAAACCACUUCACUCGUGAUGUCGUGCAGAUCAUGAUACCUGGACGAUUCAAUCUGCUUCUUGGUUUUGACGUCAGUGGUGCCGAAAAGACUUCGACUGGUAUCAAAGAGCGUGACGGGAAGCUUCGCCCCAGAGGAAUGCUUCGACGACUCUUGACGAUCCACUUCCGUGAGGGUAUUCUCUACCAUGGUGGUCUUUUCGUGCUCCAUGCCUGGAUUGUCAAGCGGGUUGUCGGAGCUCAGCUUCAAGAUCCAACGCCAGACUUUUGGUUCAAGAUCAUUACAAGUGUCGGAUUUCCUGGCCUUGGCUUGAUCGACAAUAUCCCUCUGUACCUUGCACCAGUUAUCUAUGUCAUGUUCCCACCCACAAUGCCAAAGCGUCGUAAGUGCAUGGUGUACGAUCAAGAAAAGCAAUUGUGGCGUCCAGCACCAGAGCGCAAAGUCAUCAAAUGGACAGCAGCAAGUUGGUGGUUGGCAGUUCCUGAUGUUCUGUCCUGCACCUGGCUUGUGUUCGUCCUCCUUUGGGUUUUUUCCGAGACCUUCCAGCGUUGGGUCAGCUUGGUGUGA